AUGUCUCAAUCCAGCCCGUCAACCUCCAAAACCGAAGUAAUCAUAGCCGGCUCCGGAUCAGCAGGACUCUGCGCCGCUCUCUGGCUAUCAAUUUACAAAACCCCAUAUCGCAUCUUAGAUUCCCGGUCAGGACCUUUAGAAGUCGGACAAGCAGACGGAGUGCAAUGCCGCACAGUUGAAAUAUUUGAGAGUUUCGGAUUAGCAGAUGAGCUCCGAAAAGAAGCGUACUGGGUUAAUGAAGUGGUGUUUUGGAGUGAUGGAUCUGAGAAAGAAACAAAUUCAACGACGAAUGGAGAGUUUGAUGGGGGAAGAGGAAUCAAAAAGACGGGACAAGCUGCUGAUACAGCGCCCGGUUUGUCACAUCAACCACAUGUGAUUUUGAAUCAAGCUAGGAUUAAUGGAUUGAUGCUGGGUGCUAUGAAGAGGCACAAUGGGCAAGAGGUGGAGUAUGGAAAGAAGGUGGUUGGAGUUAGUGUCGAUAAAAAAUUGGGAGGUGCUUAUCCAGUGACCGUUGAAAUCUCAAAUACAAAUGGAGAGAUUGAAAAGGCUCAAGCCAACGAUGGUGCACACUCCCUGGUACGCCGUUCUCUAAACAUUUCUAUGAUUGGAGAUUCAUCAGAUUCAGUAUGGGGAGUCAUGGACACCUACCCCCUUACAAACUUCCCCGACAUCCGCAAGAAAUCAGUCAUCCAUUCAGCUCAUGGGGUUCUCAUGAUCAUCCCUCGCGAAGGUGGAAGUCUUGCUCGUUUCUAUAUUGAACUCCACUCUUCCACCGUCCCGAAAUCCGUUACUCUCGCACAACUUCAAGAGUCUGCUCGCAAGAUAUUCAAUCCUUAUGAGUUAGAAUUUGCCGAUACCUACUGGUGGAGUGCCUAUUCAAUCGGCCAGCGACUUGCGGAACGUUUUCACGAACAAGAAAGAGUAUUUUUGGCUGGUGAUGCAUGUCACACCCACUCCCCCAAAGCAGGACAAGGAAUGAACACCUCACUUCAAGAUGGCUACAACAUCGGGUGGAAACUCGGACAGCUUCUUUCCGGUCGUGCUUCUGCAUCUUUAUUAUCCACAUAUCUCCUAGAACGUCAAAAGAUAGCCAAGACACUGAUAGACUUUGACAGAGUAUGGGCGAAGCAGAUCGCAGCAGGGAAAUCCGUGGGUGAUGAUGGGAAGGAAGUUGAUUUUAGCGAGACUUUCGUGAGAGCUGGUCGUUAUACUGCUGGACUGACGGCGAGUUAUGAUGAUUCGGUUGCUACGAGGGGAGAGUGGAGUGAUCAGACUGUGGCGACUAAUUUGAAGGUUGGGAUGCGUUUUCCGACAGCGCAGGUUGUGAGGUUUUGCGAUGCAAAGCCUAUGCAAUUGGUGAAUGCGUUGCCGAGUGAUGGGAGAUGGCGGAUAUUGGUUUUCGCUGGGGAUAUAAACAAAAAGAAUAACGCUGAGAAGCUCGAGCGUCUGGGCGAAUACCUUUACUCAACACCAAUAUCUCUAAUCUCAAAGUUCACGAAGCCUGAAGAAGACAUCGACAGUUUCAUCGAGACUAUCGUCAUUCUAUCAGGCAACCGAACAGAAACACAACAAGACCAGAUCCCUCCAUGUUUCAUGCCCGUGUCUGGAAAGUACCGGAUGAGAGAUAUCCACAAAAUAUACAUCGAUGAUGAAAGCUAUAAUUACGGUCAUGGACACGCGUACGAAUUUUAUGGCAUUGAUCCUGACAAAGGCGCAAUAGUCAUUGUCAGACCAGAUCAUCAUAUUUCUAUGAUAACAAAAAUCCAAAGCCAUGAGCUGGUACGCGAUUUCUUCGAGGGCUUUGCAGUUCGGCAGAAAUAA